CCGAUGCAAUUCUAAUUCUUGUUUGACAUUUUCUCAUCUCCGAACGGAACUUCUCUCUCUCUCUCUCGUUCGCGUCAAUGGCGACCUCAUCGACCCUCUCUGUCCUUGCCCUAGCUUUGGCUCUCCUUGCCGUCACCGCCACCGCCCGCCCUUGCAAGACCUUCUUCUUCUUCUCCUCCACCUCGUAUUACCCGAUCACAACCUCCGUCUCUCAAAGCUCUAACCUUUACCCUAAUUUCCACGCCCAGAACCCUAGAUCGCUCACCCUGCUCUUCACCUCCACCCGGAUCCGCGAUGUGGACUGGAAAUUCGGCUCCGCUAGGCCCUCUUUCAUCUUCCGCGACCCGUUCAGCGGCGUUGAAGAGCACGUGGAGGAAACGGAAUCGGAAACCGAAGCUGAGCCGAAGCGGUUGUCUUCCUCCGCCUCCAUCAUCCCCAUGGAAUUCUACUCCUCGGUGAGCAGCUCGAUUCGUGACAGGACCAAGGAUAUCAUGAGCGUUGUCGGUGCGUUGCUAUUCGGUGUCGGCUGCGGAGCCCUAACUGCGGCCACCAUGUACCUGAUCUGGUCCCUCUUGUGGCCCCACGGCUUCGAUUUUGAGGAUUCCGAUGAUGAGUUCGACGAUGACGAUAUUGCCGCCCAGAAGAAGGCGGGGUACGUGGCAAUUCCCACUAAGGUCGUUGAUGAUGACCUCAAUAAGCCCGCCCCGCCCCCUAAGGAGGUGGUUUGAUUGAGAGUGAGUCUGUAAUUCGUAAGUGUAUGGUCGAUGAUGAGACAAAUGUUAACAUUUGAUGAUCAUCUGUUCGUUCGUUACCUAUAAUUGCAUAUGAAUCGCAUAUAUAACUGCUCUUCGUAUUGUAUAAUCAUCCUUAAAUGCAAAUCGUGCUUUCAUAUUCUAUUACCUAUAAUUGCAUAUGAACUCUGCGUAUAUAACCACUGUUGGUAUUGUAUCAUUAUCUUAAUUAAAUGCAAAGCCUACUUUUAUAUCCA